AUGAUGUCAGGACCAGUAUGUUUGAUUGAAAGUGAUGAAAAUGGAAAGUUUCAUGUGAGAAAAGAGGCCAAAGACAUUCUGGAUGGAAUCAAUGAGCCAGUGGUGGUGGUGUCUGUAGUGGGACUCUACCGUACUGGGAAGUCUUAUCUUAUGAACCGCCUUGCAGGACAACAGUCAGGCUUUGCUCUUGGCAACACAAUUGAGUCAAAGACCAAAGGUAUCUGGAUGUGGUGCAUCCCUCACCCAUCUAUAACAGGACAGACUCUGGUGCUGCUGGACACAGAGGGACUGGGUGAUGUGGACAAGGGAGACUCUCAGAAUGACGGCUGGAUCUUCUGUCUGGCGGUUUUGCUCAGCAGCACUCUGGUGUACAACAGCAGAGGAACCAUUGAUAAUGAUGCAGUGCAAAAGCUCCACUAUGUUACUGAACUCACUGAGCAAAUCAAGAUCAAAUCCACAUCAAAAGAAGCAGAUGUGACAGGGAAAGAGGAUUAUAAGUUUGUGUGCUUUUUCCCAUCAUUCGUCUGGUGUGUGAGGGAUUUCAUCUUGGAUUUAGAAAUUGCUGGAGACCCAGUGACAGAGGACGAAUACCUUGAAUUUGGUCUCAAUUUAAAGAAGGGUAUUUCUUGCAAAACCAGUAACUACAACGAGACUCGUGAAUGUAUCCGGAAGUAUUUUCCUACCCGGAAGUGUUUCGUGUUCUCAUUCCCAACCUUCCCGAAAAGCAUGAAACAUUUAGAGAGCCUAAAAGAGCAGGACCUUGACCAAGAUUUUCUGAAGGCCACAGACCGUUUUUGUAAUUACAUCUUUGAGAAGAGUGCUGUGAAAACUCUAAAAGGGGGUCACAGAGUGACUGGGAAAAUGCUUGGUGAUCUGGCUCAGAUUUAUGUAGACACAAUCAGCAGUGGUAAGGUGCCCUGUCUGGACAAUGCAGUGGUUGCUCUUGCAAAUCAAGAGAACCAGGCAGCUGCUGAAGAUGCUUUCAAGGUUUAUAAGAGUGGGAUGGAAGAGGUGGUGAUGAAGUUUCCAGUUAGCGUGACUGAUCUUACCCAAGAGCAUCAGAACGUAAGCAGUCAGGCAACAUCUGAGUUCACAAAACGUUCAUUUAAAGAUGAAAAUGACGAGUACCUUAAAAAUCUGGAGGAAGAAAUGGGUAUAUACUAUUUACACCUUUUGGAGGAGAAUAAGAUGGCAUCAGAAAGGAAAUGCAAAGAGCUCCUGAAGGAUCUGUUUUCUAGUAUGAGUGAACGACUGAAGAAUGGAGAAUACAGUCAGUGUGGAGGAUAUGAAGUCUACUGCAGAGACAGAGAUGCCAACAUUGAAAAAUACCACAGUGAACCAAACAAAGGAGUCAGGGCUAAAGCUGUGCUGAAUGAGUUCAUGAAUGAGAGAGGACCUGAGGCAAACAUCAUCCUUCAAACUGAUGAACAACUGACUAAAAGGGAGAAAGAAAUUCAGGAGGAGAGAGAGAAGAAAACUCUGAUGGAACAGAAGCUUAAGGAGGAGGAGGAGAAACGUAUUGAGAGUGAGCUACUGUUUGAGGCAGAGAAAAAGCGCCAGGAGGAAAUGAAGAUACAGAUGGAGGAGAAGUUUAAAAAGGAGAUGAAGCAACAGCAGGAGGAGAUAAAAAGAGGUCUGGAGAGCAAAAUAAAGGAGCGGGAAGAGCUGCUGAACAAAGGCUUUAAAGAGCAAGCUGAUCUUCUUGGUAAAGAGAUGAAUAAGUUAAAAGAAGAGCAAAAUAGUUUUGGAGUUGUAGGGAAAUUUUUUGGUAAUGUCUUUGACAUAGUUCCCAAUCUUCUCACUGGCAAGGGCUUUAUAUGGCGUUAAACGAAUGUGAGUAGU